AUGGCUACUUUUUUCGGCGAAGUUUUGUCAGUUUACUCUCGGGCCGUGGAGGAGGAAGAUGACGAAGAGGAGCUUGAUGAGAACGACGAAGACGCCCAAAUCCGCAAAGAACUCGAGGAAAAGAGGGAGGUUCGUCUCCAUUGGGGUCCCGAGGUGUGUGAUGCACUAAAGUCUGGAGACAAGCUGCCUUGCUCUCACUUCAUCCUUGCUGUGGGACACAACGCAUCCAGGUUCCUGUCUGUGUAUGUACUUGCUUCUGAAAAGUGGGAAUCAGUGGGAAGCGCAUCUGUGUGGAACGAGAGGAACCAGGCGGGAAGCGGGCAGCAGUCGGGGUGCGUCUUCUUCCGACGCAGGGACGAGCCGUCUGUUAUAAUAUGCCAGUUGACGUGCUACAUUGCAGAAGAUCAGCAAUUCCAAUGGGCAGAAAAGGUGUUGGACUGCCUGCAGCACAGAGACCUGAACGUCACGGUUCUGUCAGACUGCUCAAUGGCCGACUACAAGAGUGUCGACUACCUUUGCGGCAGCUCCACUCCCUUUCUACGCUCCCUUCACAGCAACGCCUUCAGCGGACCGCCUGUGUGCCCAGCCCUGGAGCAGCCCAACAUACUCACUGGACUUCCAGCUGCAGUGCUGAACCAUUGCCAAGUUCAUCGCAUUUCUGCUGUAGUCUAUCAGUGCUUCAGUGAUGUCAUCGGCACAGACUCGGUCACCAUGGAGACAUACAAGCCUGCGCUCGCGAAACUUGGAAAGGCCAUCACGUUGGAUCCAUGUCCAAGUUCAGACACCCUCCGCAAGAUUGUCAGAACCAGAGACCCUCAGAGUAAUCUUUACAUCUAA